AUGAGUUCUGAGCAUGUAAAUGGCCUGCUCACUACGGCUACAGUCACGGCGGCCAUGGCUUCGCUUGCUCUAUUGCAGAAAAAGCGGGCAACAGCUUACAAAUCUUCGAGUAGCAAUUUAAUCGGCCAGCGUCGACCAAGCGCCAACGUUUUGGCCUUAAACGGUCACACGCAUCUGGCUAUGGUGCAAAAUGGUCACGUCUUAGCUGACCCGUCCGAAGGAUUCGAACUUUAUCCUAUCGACUUCUCGAUGCACGUCCAAAUUCGACAGAACGUGCUGCAAAAAUUUCUACAGACGCACCCUGAAGCUGAGAAUAGCGCAGCGGCUAUUCUACUGCACGGUGGUGUCGAAGUAGAUCGGUAUGACACGGACAUCCAAUAUAAUUUUCACCAGGAGAGUUUCUUUCAAUAUCUUUUUGGUGUACGCGAACCCGGGUGUGCCGGUCUGAUAGACUUAACUACACGCAAGACUGUGCUGUUUGUGCCACGAUUAAGCGAAGAAUGGGAACUAUGGUGUGGAGAUCGCAAGCCCUUGGCUUACUUCAAGGCUCACUACAAAGUAGACGAGGUGUUUUUCAUGGACGAAAUGGCGGUCGUACUGGCUAAAAAUAUCAAAGUCCAGAAGCUGUACGUUUUGCACGGUAAGAAUACGGAUAGUGGCUUGGAGACGACCACUACAUCGACUUUCGAGGGAAUUGAAGCGUUUGAAGUGGACAAAAUGGCGCUGCAUCCCAUUCUGGUUGAAUGCCGUGUAAUCAAAACGGAGAAAGAAUUGGCGCUGCUUCGUUUUGUCAACAAAUUGUCUUCACGAGCUCAUGUGAAUGUCAUGAAAAAUAUAUGUCCGGGUAAGAUGGAGUUUCAUGCUGAAAGCGAUUUUCUUCAUUAUGUGUAUAGUAAUGGAGGUGCGCGAUUUCAUGCGUACACUUGCAUUUGCGGCAGUGGCCACAAUGCCUCGGCAUUGCACUAUGGCCAUGCUGGAGCCCCAAAUGAUAAACUCCUUGAAACGGGUGAUUUCUUUUUGAACGAUAUGGGCGGAGAGUUACAUGGCUACACCUCGGAUAUUACGUGUUCGUGGCCAGUUGAUGGCAUUUUCUCGGCCGAUCAAAGGAUAAUAUAUGAAGGCGUUCUCAAAGCCCACGAUGCCGUAUUGGCGGCUAUGAAACCUGGGGUCAGCUAUGUGGACAUGCACUUACUUUCGCAUCGCGUGCUGACGCAACAUUUGCUUGAGUUUGGUUUAUUUCAAAAUGGGACAGUUGAUGAGUUAAUGGACCAUGAGAUUUCGGCUUAUUUUUAUCCUCACGGCUUGGGCCACAUGAUGGGUUUAGACACUCAUGAUGUUGGUGGGAUUCCCAUUGGUUACGAGCGUUCAACAAAAAAGAUUCUAGCCAAAUUGCGCUGUGUGCGAAAUCUGGAGAGGAAUAUGGUAUUGACGGUCGAGCCGGGCUGCUACUUUAUCGAAGCUCAAAUCCAGGCGGUACUGGAUAAUUCGGUGACGGCAAAAUUUAUCAACCAGGAAAUGCUUUCUCGUUUUCGUGGCACGGGUGGCGUUCGAAUUGAGUCAGAUGUGGUCGUCACGGCAACUGGUGUUGAGUGCAUGACUAAAGUGCCACGAACAGUCGAAGAAAUUGAAGCGACCAUGUUAAAAGCAUAA